AAGGGGGAUGCACCGCUCGGCAGUGGCCCCAUGGCAGGGUGGGGGGCAGCAGGGUGGGGAGCCAGGAGCGUGGCGCCGGCAGGAGGCCGAGACGGCCGGCGGAGGCCCAGCCUCGCAUUGUUCUCGGGCGGCAGCCGGAAAAUGCGACGCCCGCCCCGGAGAAACGCAGGCGGAAAAGGAAACGGGGCUGGGGGCCCGCGCCUGCUGCUGCCGGGGGGUGGGCUUGGGGUCCCCGGCCUGACCCCUGCCCGGACCCCGCCAGGACCCCUUCACCCCUGCUCCGUCUUGUGCCCGGACCUGCUGACCCAUGGGGGGAGCGGGGGUCAGCCGGGAGGUGGGAAAUCAGCCUGGGGGUUGACUUGGAGGGGGUCUGAGUGCCAGCGGGGUGACCCUUCGCAGCCACCCCCGCUGAGUCGGGGGCCGCGGCGACAGAACGAGCAGUGCGGAGAGGCGGGGGGCGGCGAGGAGGAGGAGGAUGAAGGGGGCGAUGCCGGACAGGGUGACUACAAGUCCCAUGAGGCCGGGCGGUGCGGGGGGGCGCGGGGGAAGCACCGGGCGGGAGGUGCCGUGCCCGCCCCGCCCCGCGCCCCCCCUGCCCCGCUCCGCCCCGCCCCGCGCCGCGCCCGCCGCGCCGCUCCAGCAUGCACGGAGGAUGCUCGCGUCUUGCUCAGGCAGGAAGGGGCCGGAGGGCAGGUACCCGCUGCACUACCUCGUCUGGCACAACCGCGCCCGCGACCUGGACCGGGAGCUCAGCGCCAAGCAGGCCGACAUUGAGCAGCUGGACCCCCGAGGACGCACCCCGCUGCACCUGGCCACCACGCUGGGCCACCUCGAGUGCGCCAGGGUGCUGCUGAAGCAUGGCGCCGACGUGGGCAAGGAGAACCGCAGCGGCUGGACAGUCCUGCAGGAGGCUGUGAGCACCCGUGAUCUGGAGCUGGUGCAGCUGGUCCUGCGCUACCGGGACUACCAGAGAGCCAUCAAACGCCUGGCUGGGAUCCCCAUCCUGCUAGAGAAGCUGCGCAAGGCCCAGGACUUCUACGUGGAGAUGAAGUGGGAGUUCACCAGCUGGGUGCCACUGGUGUCCAAGAUCUGCCCCAGCGACACCUACAAGGUGUGGAAGAGUGGCCAGAACCUGCGGGUGGACACCACGCUGCUGGGCUUUGACCAUAUGACGUGGCAGCGGGGCAACCGCAGCUUUGUAUUUCGGGGACAAGACACCAGCGCGGUGGUGAUGGAGAUUGACCACGACCGGAGGGUGGUCUACUCGGAGACCCUGGCCCUGGCUGGCCACGACCAGGAGGUGCUGCUGGCUGCUGUGCAGCCCACUGAGGAGCAGGUGAUGGGGCGGCUGACGGCCCCCGUCGUCACCACCCAGCUCGACACCAAGAACAUUGCCUUCGAGAGUGCUUUGUGUCACCCCAGGAACAAGUCUGGGAUCCUGGGCUGGAGAAGUGAAAAGACUGAAAUGGUGAAUGGGUACGAGGCCAAGGUCUAUGGUGCGUCCAACGUGGAGCUGAUCACGCGGACGCGGACUGAGCACCUUUCAGACCAGCACAAGGGCAAGAGCAAAGGCAGCAAGACCCCCCUGCAAUCCUUCCUGGGCAUUGCCGAGCAGCACGUGGGGCCCAACAAUGGGACGCUGAUCACGCAGACUCUGAGCCACGCCAACCCCACGGCCAUCACCCCUGAGGAGUACUUCAACCCCAACUUCGAGCUGGGCAACAGGGAUAUGGGGCGACCCAUGGAGCUCACCACCAAGACACAGAACCCGGUGCCUGUCCCCGGCAGGUUCAAGGCGAAGCUGUGGCUGUGCGAGGACCACCCACUGUCCCUCUGCGAGCAGGUUGCCCCCAUCAUCGACCUCAUGGCAAUAAGCAACGCACUCUUCGCCAAACUGCGGGACUUCAUCACCCUGCGCCUCCCGCCCGGCUUCCCUGUCAAGAUUGAAAUACCCAUCUUCCACAUCCUCAAUGCCCGCAUCACCUUUGGAAACCUCAACGGGUGCGACGAGCCCGUCAGCUCCCUGCGGCACAGCCCCAGCAGCGAGGCGCCCUCGCCCAGCAGCGACUCCUCCAGCGUCAGCAGCUCCAGCUCCCUGACCUCAUGCCGGGCGUGCGAGAUGGACCCGGCGCUAUUUGAGGUGCCGCGGGGGUACAGCGUGGUGGGCACCCACCAGGACACCCUGCGGGAGGACGAGGAUGACCUGCUGCAGUUUGCCAUCCAGCAGAGCCUGCUGGAGGCGGGCAGCGAGUAUGACCAGGUCACCAUUUGGGAAGCGCUGACCAACAGCAAACCGGGCACCCACCCCAUGUCGCACGAGAGCCGCCGAGGAGACAGGUUGGACUCCCCAGCACACGGCGGCCCCCCAGCCCCCUGUCAGCCCGGCCCCCGGGGGCGGUGGCGGGGGGCCCAGCACCCUGUUCCCCAGCUACGCGGAGCAGCUGCGCUUGGCCAUGGCGCUGUCGGCACGGGAGCAGGAGGAGGCCGAGCGCCGGACGCGCCAGGAGGAAGAGGAGCUGCAGCGGAUCCUGCAGCUCUCGCUGACGGAGAAGUGAACCCGCAUCCCCACUGAGCGCCCCCCCCGACCCCAAUGGGGAUGGGGAUGUGGCCAGUGCUGUGUAUGGGGGCACGGAGUGAGGUGGGGGGAGCCAGCCCAAGCACUGUGGAGGGGAAAUGGGGAGGGGGGUGGUGCAGGAUUUGGCCCUGGCAUGGGGGAGAUCAUCCCCAUAGCUGGGGUGGAACUGGGGUGCAGGGGGACACACACCCAGCAGCAGGACAGGGUGGGUGGGGGUGGCAGCCCUGCAGGGACCAGGGGGGGCAACCCCACAGACUGUACUGCCCCACUGGAAUAGCCCUAGCCCCUCCAAAUGCCCUGUGGGGUGCUGCUCAGCCCCUUGCACCGGGAAGGCAGUGGGGGGCACAUCCUGCCCCAGAUGGGGGGGCUGCCCCCAGCUGUGUGGGGUCCUGGCGUGCCCCAGAGCUGGGGGUCUCCAGCCAGCCCCCUCAGCCCCCUGCCCAGGCGCUACCAAGUGCACUUACCCUGGGAGCUGCUCUGCCUGCCAAUGGGGGGGUGGCUCAGCCCCAUUGCACCCCACAGCCAGCAUGGGGCUGCAUGGCUGGCCCCCACCCCAGCUUGGGGGUCAGCUGAGGGGGUGUCUGUGAAAAAUCACCCAGUGCCACUCUCCCUUAGCCCCUGCUCGCACCCCCAUGCCCCGCUUGGAUGCCCCUCCUUGGCAGUGCUGCACCCCUUGUCCUGGGCACUGACCCCGAAAGAAACCUUACGUCAAAUGGUGCUAACCCUUACCCCCCCCUGUCCCGGGCUGCUCCUCCUUUGCACAUGGGGGGCCGGGGGCUGCGGGGGGGGCCAGGCUCGCUCCCCUGGGACUUUUCACAGCUGGUGGACCCCCCCACGCACCCCACAAGCGACGUCUGGGCCAAGGCUGAGGGAGCCCAAGCAGCUCCGUCCGCUGCCAACACCAAUAAAUGCUCUUUAAUGUU